CAUUUCAUCUUUCUCUGUCCAUGAAACUCUCUGUUUCCUUUUUGCAGACCUCAGAGAGCUCAACAAUGGAGUUUUUUCACUCUCUCAUCUUUACCUUCCACAUUCUCACCUCCAUUUCUAUCUCUGCCCACCGCUCCGCCGCCGUUUCCCCUCCCUGCCGGACUACAUGCGGCACCCUCAGCAUCAAGUACCCGUUUGGCACCGGCUACGGUUGCGGUUCUCCGCGAUUUUCCUCACAGGUCACUUGCUCCUCCGACGACCGCUUUCUCCUCAACACUCAUACCGGAAAUUAUCCAAUAACAUCAAUUUCAUACUCCGACUCUACCGUCGUAAUCUCGCCGCCGUCCAUGUCGACCUGCUCUAAAAUGCACGAAUCAUCGCAAACCCUAGGAAUCGAUUGGACUGGCCCCUUCCAACUCGGCUCAUCGGCUUUCCUCCUCCUCGAUUGCAAAUCUCCCUCUGUUUCCCUCUCGAUUCGAGGCUCUGGUGUGUGUGAUUUGUCAUACGCUCACCUCUGCGCUUCGAUCUACUCUUGUCCGUCCGUCGUCGAUCUCGGGCUGCCGCUGUUCCCGCCGACGAAUUCCUGCUGCGUGUACUCACCAGCGAACUUCGACGGCAAGGGAGAACUAGACCUGCGGGAGCUCAAGUGCGGGGGAUUUUCAUCGAUUGUGUCGUUAGGAGAGUACGAGACAAAUCCGAUGCGGUGGGAGUAUGGAGUGGAAUUGAAGUACGGAUAUGGAGCGUUGGAGAAUAGUGUGAUGGAAAGUAAAUGCAAAGGAUGUGAGAUGAGCGGCGGCGCGUGUGGAUUUACUCCGCCGGAGAAUUUGUUUGUUUGUGUGUGUGAAAGAGGGUUCAAUACGACGACGGAUUGCAAAAGUAAUGAUCUCACUCAGGAGUUCUUCUGGAGCUCUGCUUCCUCUCCGGUUGCCGUUUGGUUUUGGAGUAGAUGGUUUCUACUUUUGGUGGCAUUCCUUCUCUUUCAUUGCGGCAGCUUCGUGUAGAGAGACUCGGAGAGGUCUCAUUUAAAUUAUUUUGACGUGACAUACUGAAAUUUACCAAAAACCUUAUGUAAAUAAAAUUUGUAGGUCUUUGUCUUUCAUGGUGACACUUUGCACAAUUUGAUUAUUAUAGUUCUUUUAUUUGAUUUUUAAACUUAUUAGUUUUAUGAA